AUGCCUGCUAAUGGGAAUCGUCCCUUGAAGUUGCAGUUUGGUCUAAUCAACCACGAGGGUCGCUACCUCACUGCUGAGGCCUUUGGCUUCAAGGUGAAUGCGUCCGCACCCAGCCUGAAGAAGAAGCAGAUAUGGACUCUUGAGCAGGACUCUCAGGACACCCAGGUGGUCUGCUUGCGCAGCCACCUGGGACGCUACCUAGCUUCUGACAAGGACGGCAAAGUCACCUGUGAGGCUGAUGGGCAAAAUUCAGACUGCCGCUUCCUCAUCGUGGCUCAAUCAGACGGUAGCUGGGCCCUGCAGUCUGAACAGCACCUCCGCUUCUUCGGAGGCUCUCGGGACUACCUGUCAUGCUUUGCCCAGGUAAUCACAGAGGCCGAGCUGUGGGCAGUGCACCUGGCUCUACAUCCUCAGGCCAGCCUGCUGUCUGUGGCACGGAAGCGCUACGCCCAUCUGUCUAAGGAGGAUGGGGAAAUCGCUGUGGAUAUGAACAUCCCCUGGGGUGUGGCAGCGCUCCUCACCCUUGUCUACCUGGAUGGAAAGUACUGUCUUAAGACCUGUGACAGCCGCUUCCUCAGCAAUGAUGGGAAGCUCUUGACGCAGAGUGGGAGGGCCACUGCCUACACGCUGGAGCUGAAGUGUGGGAAGCUGGCCUUUAAAGACUGUGAGGGGAAGUAUUUGUCUCCAAUGGGGCCUACAGGCACCCUGAGGUCUGGACGGUGCUCCAAGCCAGGCAAAGAUGAACUGUUUGACCUCGAGGAGAGCCACCCACAGGUGGUGCUGAUGGCGGCCAAUGGGCGAUAUGUCUCCAUAAGACAAGGAGUAAGCCUUGCAGCCAAUCAGGAAGACGAGACGGACAUGGAGACGUUUCAGAUGGAGAUCGACAAGGAAAGCAGGAAGUGCACGUUCCGCACCAGCCAAGGGAAUUACUGGGACCUGGUGUCCCACGGAGGCAUCCAGAGCUCCGCCACUGCAGUGUCAGCCGACAGCAUGUUCUCAGUGGAGUGGCUCGGCCACAAGGUGGCACUAAAGGCUAACAAUGGAAAAUACAUCUGCACCAAGAAGAAUGGGCAGCUGCUGGCUGUCAGUGACUCCAUAGGCGAAGACGAACAGCUGACACUGAAACUGAUCAACCGCCCCAUGCUGAUCCUGAGAGGAGAGAACGGAUUCAUCUGCCACCACAAGAACUCCAACACGCUGGACGGCAGCAGAUCAGUCUACGACAUCUUCCACCUGCAGUUUAGCAACGGGGCGUACCACAUUAAAGGCGUGGACGGCCGGUUCUGGUACGUGAACAGUGCCGGGCUGGUGUGCUCCGACGGCGAGGCCCCUGAGGAUUUCACUCUGGAGCUCCUGGAGCACGGUCGCCUCGCCAUCCGUGGCAAAAACGGCAAAUACCUGCGUGGAGACCAGGGAGGCACGCUGAAGGGAGACGGACUCUUCCUGAGCAGCUCGGCCCUCUGGGAGUACUGACACUGACGCCUCUCGGCAUCAAGACCGUAUCUAAAGUUAGGCUCUGAGAUGGAAGACAGUUGCUCAUCAGAGACGAGUUACAUCCUAUUAAAUGUUUCUCCUUCCUGUUACGAAGAGGUCACCACAGAGAACUCAUAACUGAUAGUUGCCUCAUCGGGAAGGAGAAAGUGCAAGAGAAGAACCAAGGGAAGUCUUCAUGAAGAGAACAAUGCUUUGAAUCAAACAGCAACAUGAGUGUGAAUGAACUUUAGAGUUUUUGUGUUGUUCUUUUUGAUUCGCUGCAAGAUCUAACUAUUGUGCAAAAAUAAUCCUCCUUUCAAUAAAGACCUUGAACCCUUUUCACAUGUAAAAGCAAGGAAACUCUUUCUCCUCGUCUUCGUCUUCCAGGCCUCGGCGCUCCUCACAGGUGUUACAUUGUUAACACCAUGGCAACAACGUGGUGAUGCAGGAUGUGUAACAAGAAGAAUAUAAAUCUGGGAUCUAAUAAUCACCUGCAGACUGUGACCAACACUCAUGUACAUGGUACUAACAGGAUCAUUACAACCUGCCACUGGAAGGGGGGGGGGACUUGAGCGCUUGUAUGGCUGGUUAUGUGUUGUUUUUAGUAAUAGUAAGUAUGAGAAUCUAAGAAAUCUUAUCCAGAGGCACUUUUACAACUUCUAGAUGUGGUAGGAACACUUUGUAAUUACAAGUGAGA